UGGGUCGGGAUCCUCGCCCCAGGAACUGAACUCUUACGUUCCCCACUUGACAAGCUCUUCCAUUUUCACACCCUAAUGCUGCAUUGACAACGCUAACCACACUACAACACUUGCGUUCGCGCUGUGGUCAAUCAUGCCAUUCUUACAACUUUUGAAAAAGGUCGGCAACACCAUCGCGCCACCUCCGAAGAAGGGCGAUGGCGGUCGCGAUCAGUGGCCUUCUCGGGCUGCGUUCUUGCUGGCUGCUAUGGGAGGUUGUGCUGGGCAAGGAAACUUGCUCAGGUACCCUUCAGUCGUCUACAACAAUUACGGACUGCAAUGGUUCAUUCCAUACCUAUUGGCCGUCUUCCUCAUUGCUAUUCCGGCCCUCAUCCUGGAAAUCGCUAUCGGUCAGGCCUACCAAGGCGGCACGGUCCUAGCAUUCAACAACAUCCACAAGCGAUUGAGAGGAGUUGGACUUGGCCCGGUCUUCGUCAGCUUCAUUGUCGUGCAAUACUUCACCGUCAAUCUGGCAUGGAUCAUGGUUUAUUUUCGAAAUUCUUUCAUCAGUCCGCUGCCUUGGGAGAAUCGCAUCGAGGAGUUCUACAAUCGCGAUGUCGUGGCCAAUCCGGAUCCGAUAGUUGGACAAUUGAGCGCAGAUGGGACAAGCGUUCUCUCUUACACGCAAUACCCAGGUGUUGCGCUCAUUGGCGAGACAGUCGGCUGGAGUGCUUUUGUCUGGUUCCUCAUCUGGUUUUCGAUCUUUCGUGGGGUAGGAAUGACUGGCCGAGUUGUCUACUUCUCCAUGGGACUGCCGAUCAUUACCACUAUCAUCUUUGUUGGCCGUUCGGUGUCUCUACCUAACGCUGGAGAAGGCAUUCGCUUGCUGUGGGCGACUUGGAGAGGAAGCGAGCUGGCCAACGGGACCGUGUGGCAGACAGCGGUCGGGCAAGUCUUCUUCAGUACCGGCGUGGGCUUCGGCUACUUCACGAGCUACGCUUCAUACAAUCAGCGUCACUCGAACGCUGUCAUGGACGCUAUCCUUAUCUGUGGAUCCAACGUGCUGUUCGAGAACUUUGCCGCCUUCUCCGUCUUCGGCGUGGUCGGCUUCCUCGAGCGAUGGCCUCAAGACGGCGUACGCCUCGGUGCAUUCGUCGUCGGCUUCCUCACUCUUCCCGAAGCGGUCCUCCAAAUGCCAGGCGCCAACUUCUGGGCAUUCCUGCUCUUCUUCACCCUGAUCGUUCUCGGAUUCAGCUCCGCUUUCGUCAUGUUGGAUGUCGUCGCGACGAUGAUCACGGACUCAGGCCUCACGAAGCUGCGCCGUGAAUGGGUCGUCACAAUAUUGACACUCAUCUGCUUCCUCAUGUGCCUGCCAUACUGCACGGAAUUUGGCUACUACCUCCUCGACGGAAUCGAUCGUUGGAUCAAUAACGUCGUGCUCAUCUUCGUGGUCUGGUCGGAAGUUAUGAGCGCUACGACAGUCUACCGUUGGCAAGAUGUCGCCACUGAAGUCGGCAAGCCAGCGUUCUACAUUUACAACUUUGGCUACAUCGCUGGCCAAAUCAUUGGAGUCGGCGUGGCCCACGCAACGGGUGGACCUGGUGAUGGCGUUGGUGCAGGCGUCGGACUCUGGUUCGUCUGCUCCAUCAUCGCCAUGAUCGCCGGCAAGACCCCAUCGCGAUCCAAACUCAGCCAACCAUUCUGGUCCCGGAACAGCGUCACCCGUGGUCUCCGAACCGCCUUAGACCGCUUCUACUACGUAGCCUUCUACUCCGGCAAUCAACUCAAACGCGAUCUCAAUGCCAUCGUUGGCCUCGGUCGUAACUGGAACAUUCCCGUCUUCUGGCCGUUUCUACUCCGAUACAUCUCCGCCCCUGUCCUCGCGAUCGUCUUCAGUUUCUCGUAUCCUGAGUUCCAUACUUUGCGCUAUGAUCCGUUGAUGAUCUUGGGGUUCACGGUGUCGCAUAUUGGGCUGGCGAUCAUUCUGUUUGGAUUCACGGUCCCGAGGUAUUAUGCUGUCUUUGUGCCGCCCGAGAGGAGACAUGAGGGUACUGAGGGAACGGUUGUGGGAGACAUCAAGAGUAUUGAAGGGACUUUGCCAGUUGUUGAGAUUGAGACGAGGAGUGAUGAUGAGGGUGUGAAGGAGGAGGCGAAGGAGAGGAGUAGUAGCCAGGAGCAGAGGAGAAGGCUGUGA